AAAGGCACUAUUUUGAUUGUUUCCUCUAAAAACAAUGUGCAAAUAAAGUAGCGAUCCACAGAAGACGAAGACGACAUAUAUGGACCGUCAACAAACUCCGAACGCGCCACUCCUUCCGCCGCCGAUGGUACAUCAGGAUGACGCCGACGAAGAAGACGAAACUGUGAAGCAGCUCAACGAGUGUUCUUCUGUCUACUUAUCAUUACAGGAUUGUCUGAUCAAUUCUAACCGGAAUUGGAAAUCUUGUCAAAAAGUUUAUUCCAAAAACUAUGUGCUGGUUGCAGAAGUUCAGGCUCUCAAGGCAUGUAAUGAUAGAAGACAGAAAGACAAGAGGAGUUGAGAAGUUUUUCGAAGUUGGAGGCUUACAGUUAACUUUUUCUGCUAAUUUUUCUUAAAAAGAUACACAAUGAUGACUAACUAUUAACUGUUGCUGGAAUUAAUAAACUGAGAUGAGUUAUGGCAAAAACAUGGCUAUUUUCUUUGUGUA